CACAUAAUGUUACCUUGUAUCAAACAACGUUUAUUUCUCCCCAGAUAAGUUGACAUACGGACGAAACCAUGCCAAUCCUACCGGACGAGGACUUCAAGGACAAACUGACCUUCUGGGUCAACGGGAAGCGUCAUGUUGUUCUAAAUCCGGAUCCCGGUGUGACAUUGAAUGAGUGGCUGCGCUCCCAGCGGGGCCUGACCGGGACUAAGGUCAUGUGCAGGGAAGGAGGGUGUGGCUGCUGUGUUGUCAUGGUGACACACCCGGAUCCGACCAAUGGAGGAGCAUGUUCUUACACAUUAAACUCGUGCCUGUGCCCCCUGUGCAGUGUGGAUGGCUGGAGCAUCACCACAGUGGAGGGGCUGGGGGGACAGAAGGCCGGGUUUCACCCCAUCCAGCGUCGCCUUGCAGACUUCAACGGCAGUCAGUGUGGGUACUGUAGCCCUGGGAUGGUGCUCAACAUGUAUGGGUUGCUGAAUAAAAAGCCACAACCCAGUCAACAAGAGGUGGAAAAUCACUUUGAUGGACACAUCUGCAGGUGUACAGGUUACAGACCUAUCCUAGAUGCCAUGAAGUCUUUUGCAGCCGAUGCAGAUCCAGAAAAAGGUGGCUGUAUCGACAUUGAGGAUCUAGACAAGCAUCCCUGCCCCAAUGCUGGAGGAACGUGUAAUGGUGCCUCUGCCAAUGGUGUGAACGGUACAAGUGCAGGCCCCCUGAGGUGUCGCCAAAAUGGCAUUUCCUGGUACCGUCCCUCCUCCCUGGGGGAGUUGUACGGUCUGUUGGAACAGCACAGUCAGGACCGGUACAAACUGGUCUGUGGAAACACAGCUGCAGGUGUGUACAAGAAUGAUGGUCCUCACACCUGCCUCAUCGACAUCAAAGCUGUGUCUGAUCUGUACAACUGUCAGCCUGGGCCACCAUUGGUGGUUGGAUCUGCUGUGAGCCUGUCUACCAUGGUUGACUUUCUACAAGCCGGUUCAGACCAGUCUCCAUUCUACAAUGUACUGGCCAACCAUCUUCGCAAGGUUGCUAAUGUAUCUGUCAGAAACGUGAGUAGACUUGGAUGUGAGAAUGCUUAG